UAGGCGUUUGAUUGACAACCAGCAACGCGCAGAAUUUCGUUCUUCAAGAAAAACUAUAAACACGGAGUUUGACGAAUUUUUCUUUUUCAAUAAUGUCUGAUGCCGAGCUGGAACAGACGCCCAGCGCGGAGCACGUGUUGGAGCAGCCGGCUGAGGGGGAGCAAGAGCAGGAACAGGAGCAAGCCGAAGUGUAUACAAUGGGCGGCCCGCCGAGGACGCCGGUCGAAGAUGCCGCUGCUGAAUUGAGCGCCAGUUUGGAUGUAAGUGGUUCGGAUCAAUCGGCCGAGCAGUCGCUGGAUCUCAGUGGUGUCCAAGCGGAGGCGGUUGUAGAGUCCGAGUCGCCAACGAAGCGCCAGCAACGCGACAUAAGUCCCAUUUCAGAGGACAGCACACCAACGAGCAGCACUUCGACCAGUUCCACCAGUACAUCCAGUUCCUCGCGUUACGACGACAUUAGCGAGGCCGAGGAGCAGCCACCAGAACCUAUGGAACAGUCACAACAGCAAGAAGAAGAAGGUCAGGAGCAGCAGGUAAAGAUGCACGUACAGGUUCAGGAUCAGGUGCACCAGCGUGAGGAGCAAAUGGAGGUGGACCAGGAUAUUGACACUGAGGAUGAGCCCUCCUCUAAUACAGUCAUCUGCGUGGCCGACAUCAAUACCUAUGGCGGUGCCUCUAAUAUUAAAGACUAUGUUAUGGAUCCUGAUGCACCAGCUAAGGCUAUUAUAACCGAGGUGGUCACCAUUCCGGCUCCUCUUCGUCUCAAGGGCGGAUCUCUGCCUGAUCCAUUGCCGCCACCUCCUCCUGCUGAGGAUGAAGUCCCCGAGACACCCGCCUCACCCACCGAUGAUGGUGAGGAACCACCCACCGUUGGUUUGUCAUCUUAUAUGCGAGUUCGUUACAUGCAGGAGGUCAGUCACCCUGGCCUGCCCACUCGCCUAGCGCCACGUGAUCCGCGGCAACGCAAUAUGCCACCGCCGGCCGUGGUUUUGCCCAGUCAAACCGUACUCAGUGCCAAUGUGGAGGCCAUUUCUGAUGACAGCAGCGAAACUACCAGCAGCGAGGAAGACGAAGAGGAGGAGGAUGAAGACGAUGAGAUAACCUUGGAGCACGACAGCACUUCCAGGGAGACAGUGAUAACAACUGCCGGUGAUCCAAUGAUGCAGAAAAUUGAUAUUAAUGAGAAUCCUGAAAAGAUCUAUUACAUUCGACGCGAUGAUGGCACCGUGCAUGCCGGCCAGGUUCUGCAAUCCCGUACAACUGAAAAUGCUGCCGCUCCUGACGAGUAUUACGUCCACUAUGUUGGCCUGAAUCGCCGCCUGGAUGGCUGGGUGGGCAGACACCGAAUCUCUGACAAUGCUGACGAUUUGGGUGGCAUAACUGUGCCGCCGGCACCACCAAUGGCUCCCGAUCAGCCCAGUACCAGCAGGGAAAUGCUGGCCCAACAGGCCGCAGCUGCGGCAGCUGCCUCGUCCGCGGAGCGUCAAAAGCGGAGUGGCAAUAAGGACUAUUAUCUGUCCUACUGCGAAAACAAUCGGUACGACUAUAGCGACCGCAAGAUGACACGUUACCAGAAGCGGCGUUAUGAUGAGAUCAACCAUGUGCAGAAGAGCCAUGCCGAGUUGACCGCAUCGCAGGCGGCACUUGAGAAGGAGCACGAGUCCAUUACCAAGAUCAAGUACAUUGAUAAGUUGCAGUUUGGAAACUACGAGAUCGACACCUGGUACUUCAGUCCGUUUCCCGAUGAAUACGGCAAAGCACGCAUCCUUUAUGUAUGCGAAUAUUGCCUGAAGUAUAUGCGUUUAAGGGACAGCUACGCCUAUCAUCUAUACGAUUGCAAACGCAGGCGGCCACCCGGAAGGGAGAUCUACCGUAAGGGUAACAUAUCUAUCUAUGAAGUAAAUGGCAAGGAGGAGUCACUGUACUGCCAGCUGCUUUGCCUGAUGGCUAAGCUCUUCCUGGACCACAAGGUCUUGUACUUCGACAUGGAUCCAUUCCUCUUUUACAUCCUUUGCGAGACUGACAAGGAGGGUAGCCACAUUGUAGGCUAUUUCUCCAAAGAGAAGAAGUCCCUGGACAACAACAAUGUGGCGUGCAUUCUCGUCUUGCCGCCACAUCAGCGCAAGGGAUUUGGUAAGCUGUUGAUCGCCUUUAGCUAUGAGCUAUCUCGCAAGGAGGGUGUCAUUGGGAGUCCGGAGAAGCCGUUGUCGGAUCUGGGCAGACUGAGUUACCGCAGCUAUUGGGCGUACACACUACUGGAUAUGAUGAAAAACCGUUGCGCACCGGAGCAGGUAUCAAUAAAGGAGCUCAGCGAAAUGAGUGGCAUCACUCAUGACGACAUCAUCUACACGCUGCAGUCCAUGAAGAUGAUCAAAUACUGGAAAGGCCAGAAUGUAAUCUGUGUGACUGCCAAGACUAUUCACGAUCAUCUCCAGCUCCCGCAGUUCAAGCAGCCCAAGCUGACUAUCGACACUGAUUAUCUCGUCUGGAAUCCGCACAGUACGGCGGCAGCUGUGGCUAGAGUUCCAGGCAAUUCCGGCUAGCAUACGGUGCCACCGGACCCCGUCCAGCAGUCGUCCCAAAUUAUUGUUAUAGAAGAUGACGAUGACUAAGACAUAUAUUUUCUUUUUUUUUUAUAACUUUUAAGGAGUCGUAGGCGAAGGCUGUUGAACCCCACCAAAUGUAUAAAUUGGUGGAUGUGAUGUUUUACCAGAAAAACAGAAUUUUUGGUACAGAGUCAUAUAUGUAAAACCGAAUCAUUGAAGAUUUAAAAAACAAUAAGAAAUGUAAUACUUAACAUUUUUUUUAAUCUUAUGGAUAGCCUGUUGUAAAUCGUAUUGUUUAAAUCAAACGUGUUCGCCUUGAUUUAAGUUAUAGUUUUUUGAAGAGAUUUGAAAAAUGGUUGUGUUCCAUUCACAUAGUUAUUUAAAAACUUAUCUGGGUUGUUUUUUACCUUGUACGAAUUGUAAUUAAAACUUAAAUUUUUCCUCUUUCAGAAAGCUAUAGACUUGUUGCGAAGCUAUAGGGUAUAAAAUAAUUCCAAAAUAUUAGCAACACGGAUUUUUUGUUUUACUUUCUGUCUUCAAUAAGUGAUUCGUUAUAUUAACGUCAUUGUAAGAACCAGAAGAAAGAAUAAAUAUUAAUGAGAAUAA